AUGCACCUCGCAUCUUGGCGAUGGAGAAAAUUGACGAUGCAGAAAUCUAACAACUCAAUAUAUCGAUGGUUGUCAAAAGUGACAGAUGGUGAUCAAGCUUCAGGCACAUCGGGUGCAGGAGUGUCGGCUGGAGCGCCAUACACAUGUCCUACUCUCACCGAAUUUGCUCGUUAUACGGACGAUAAUGGGCUAGAACAUCUGUUGACAUGCGUCCCAGCGGUGCUGGAGUCGACGGAUUUCACUCCACAAGUUCGAUGGUUCCAUUCCAAGAAGCGGACGAGGGACACGCCUACUCGCGAGGUACUCCCUCGAGACGAGCCACGCUCGGUGAAAGCGAUCAACGAGUUUGAGCGCAAACCAAGACCUCACCAAUCCCGCAAGCCUGGGAAUUUCAGCAAAGGCAGGGCAUCAUCUCCUAUUAAACUUCGCGAUGUUUUCAAUGCCACAUUCUCCGAAACAAAUCUCCUGUCGCGGAAGACUCCAGGCAACGGGCGGGUCUCUAUGUCUGCCGUCAAUGAACGCAGAGAGCCAAAGCAAACAAGCGAUAUUUACGACUCAUUCAACUUUCGGUCUCAUGAUGUUUCAAAACAGCUGGAUGCAUGUUUGACAAAUGCAUUCAUUGGGCGAAUUGAGCGGAUUGAUGCUACUAGGCCUCGCCAUAGGCUCUCACCCAACAAAACAACGGAAUUUGCAGACCCGGUGAAAGCGACGAUUGCUUCACCAGGUGAAGGAAACCUUGACAGACAGGCAGCAAAAGCUGCACAUGAAAGUCGGUCUUUUUCGCCAUAUACGUGGUCUGAGAGUGGCCGGGCAACAGCAUCACUGAGUGCCAUUGUAGAGGAUCAUUUGCUUAACAUUCUACAUGUCGGCCUGUUUCCGAAGCCCCAAACGAGCCCGGAAGUUGAAAUCGGCUCAAAGCAUUACUACAGCCUUCACGAGCUGAAGAUGCUCCUGGAAGCCCGCAAAGAAUCUUGGCAGUCAAAUGUCGGUGGAGUAGAAGCAACCUUUCAGCCUGCCUCUACUCUCAAUUCUCCGCAAAAGCCAGGCACACAAAUUUCUCAUAUCGAGGAAGUAGCGGAGAAUUUGGACUCCGAACUCAACGUUACAACCGUGAAAAGGAACACAACUUCGGAUAUGAGCAAAACAUGCACGGGAGAUGUCGUUUGGGACUCGCAACUUCAACGUGAUUUCAACGGGAAUGACCUCAGCAACCUCUCUUCAUUGCAGUGUCCAAAAGUGGGCAACCCCUACAUGACUGAUGCCGAUGCCUUCUUUCGAGCUUUAGAUGCAGAGUUUUGCGCAAUCAUGGAAACUUCAGAUAAUUACCUGGAGCCCGCUCGUCAGAGUUCAAAGACUCAACCCACGUCGGAAGUCGAUCAGCACACAGUUUUCUCAGCUGAAAGACAACCCAAAUUGACCGUUGAUUCAAUACGCUCCCAGCGGUUAGAUCGAUUAGAUUCUGGAAUUACACAUUCCGCAUCACAAGCGAUACCAUUGCAUCACGCACUGGACGAGCUUGCAACACGUCCAAAUGACCCCCGAAUAUUACCCGUGACCAGCUCGAGACAGCCAUUUUCUGUUCUGACAACCGCCCCAGUUCUCAAGCAUACAACAUUGCCAUCCGGGUUCUGGCGCCGGAACAAGCUAUAUUGA